GCGGUCAAGAAGAUGGAUGGAUGGAUGGAUGAAUUACUUCAGUAAUUCAACAUAGCAUAGGCCUAAUUCUUAAUAAAUUAACUCUAAUAAGUGAAAGUUUAUGUUCAUAGAUGUACCAUAUAAUACUUGUUGAUAAAUUUAACCCCCCAAAAAAUGUUUCAAUGAUGAUGCACGUCACUGCAUUGCUGUGCUAGCAAAGUAGCAGGCAGCUAGGCUAAAUGUUGUUGUCGGUCGUACUUUUUUUUUUGGUAAGAAAGUGAAGGGCGGGUUUGCACAUAAUCUUCUAAAUCCGUGCCGGCAGUGCUGAGCUUCUUUCUUGGUUGCACAAACAAGAGAAAGCCCAGCUAGAAAAUGCAGCGCUAACACUAACUUUCUGCUCAGUGACAUAAACACUGAAGAGAGCACAUUUUAUUGAAGUCUAUUUGUCUAUUUGAGGGUAAAUAUUGAAUGCAAUUAAGAUGUAUUUACCAUGUAUGUAAUCCAUUUCCAUUUUGUCAAACAAUCAGCUGGGAUAACAAGCAUUUACAAGCUCAGUUAUAUAGAUUUUAGCACAUAGGUGAAAUAAAAAAUAAUGGCUAUUUAGAACCUGUUAAUUUCAAAGCUUUGUGUUUACUGCAGCAGUGAAAGGCACAAUUCUUGCACAAUUCACAGACAAAUCUUUAUAGAUCAUAAUUUUUUUAAUGUACCACAAGAUUAAUAUUUUUCCAAAUUUUCAUUUGAGCCAUAUUUUGUGAAAAUCUGUUUAGAAAUGAAGGAGCUAGCCUGAUUUUUGUGAUGUCUGCCUGUCCUCCAACAGCUGCGUUCUGCUGUCAUGACUCAAUAGCAGCAAAUAGGAAUGGGCCAAUCCAGUAAUAUAGAUCAAUGGCACGAUAAAUUACUAUUUACCUCUCAGUUUUUGCAAAAAGUAAAGACAGAGAUUAUGGUCACAUUAAAUCAAUCAAAAUAUACUUUCUGUUUAUGCCCAACCCUUAUCAACAGAAGCCAUUUUGUCAUUCAGACACCAGGAAGGAGAAGUGAGAAACAUGACAAACCAAUAAACAAAUUCAAACCUGUAAUGUACGUCUUUGUCUUUUGUUACUUUAAUGAAACAGUUGGCCUAUAACUUGUGAGACUAAUGGCGAUUAGUAGGGAAAACUACUUAGUCCUUGAAAAAAAGGUUUUAGAAUAUGAUUAAUGAUCUUUUUAUUUUACAUUAGAGAGAGGAAAGAAACUGAAGUUAAGCUUGUUUUGUUCCAAACAGCUUUGUCAAUCCAUCUAGAAAAAGGUAUUAAUGAACCUCUGAGAGAACAGGUUUUUCUUUUGGUUCCUCUGAAGUCAUAAGGUUUAGAGGAAACUGUUUAGGCUUUUUUUUUUUGUUACCCAUAACUGUUAGGAAUCUUUGAAGAAAGGUUUUAGAGCCUAUCACAAAUGAUGGGAGGAGUUUGAGUUAAAAUAAAAAACUGUUUGAUCUGUUUGACCACAUUUCCUGCAGACUCUCAGAUGGAAAAGUCAAGCUUACACAGCAAACAAAACACGAGAUGAAAAGCAAAUAAAAUGGACAAAGUCGAUGACGAAGCGCCAAGAGGGAAACAUAGAGAAUCUGAAGCUACAAAUGAUGAAGUUGUUCCUGAACUCACACUUAUGUUGGUCGGAGACUCAAAUUCCAUUAAAAAAGGACCAAGAAAUCUCUUCCUUGAUCAUGACGAGCAAAAAUCAGAGAAAUCUUUUUCAUCCAAACUGUAUGACUUGUGUGGUCGACACAUUUGUGUCUUGAACAUGUUUGAUCUUCCAAACAUUGAUUCAAUCCCAACAAAUCAAGAAGUUCAUGCUUUUAUCCUGCUGGUAGCAAACGGUCAGCACAUCAGUCAUUACAGAUCAGGAAUGCAGUGGUUAGAGAAAACCUUUGGAAAACAAUGUUUUCCUUAUGUCAUCACAGUUGUGACUCAUAACCCUGAUGAAAACUGUGAAAAUGCAGUUACAGAUUUAAAAGCUUUUGGAAGUUUUUCAGAGAAAAGAUGCCAAAAAUCAAAAAGAAGAAUGGAUGAAAAGGAAUUAGUUGCUCUUUUGGAAAAAAUCGAUGUCAUGAUCUCUGAAAACAAACCUCCAUGCUGCAGUUUCAUGAUCGCUGACAAAAAGGAAGGUCGAAAAGAAGGAGUCGUCACAGGUUUCUUUAAUGUGGACAGAAGUGGAAACACAACGCAGCAACAAGGGAUUUUUCCUGAAGAAAACCACCAAGAGAGUCAUCAAAAUGAAGUUAAAGGCCUGUUCAACAGACUUCAGGACAGACGACAACAGAAGUUUUCAUCAGCAGAUUUUCAUAUAAUACGUCCUACUCUGAAACAGAUUAAUGACACACCUGAAAAAAUGUUAGCUCAAGUCUUUCUUCAGAGGUUGAUGGCAUUAGAUUACAGAGCCAGAUCCAUCCCUGUACAACCAGAUACUUCUGAGUCUGACUCAGUUUCUGACGGGAAUAGCACAGAUGAUGAUGAUGACUUAGAUUCUUUUAUUAACACAAACACUGAUUCUAAUCAGUCCAAACAGGAUCAUGUUCACCCCAUGGACAUCCAGAUGGUUGUAUUUCACUGCUCAGACAGCUUCCUGAAGCAGAACAUGAUCACAAAGUUGUCACAGUGUCAGUACGCCUUACCUCUGCUUGUUCCUGAUCCUGCUGCAGCAGAUAUUGAGUGUCCUCUGUGGACGUUCAGGCAAAUAAGAAAAACAUGGAAGAAAACUGAAAUCAGAGAUAAUUCAAAGAGUGUCUCCAUCAAGAGUCUGCCAAUCUACAAAGCUGAAACUCCACUGGUGUCUUUCCUCCGUCUGGGUUCACUGUCUCAGUCUAAAUCUCAGCUCAUGAACACUUUGAUCACCGACCGUCACAACACCUUCUUCCACAGAAACUGUCCAGGAAGCACCAAAUCUCGUCAUUUGAUGGAUGGAGUUGUAGAGAUUGCCUGGUACUGUCCUGCUGGAAAAGACAAUGAUUCAUUCUCUGACUGCAUUGGCUUCUGUAAUCUUCAUGGUGAUUCUCUGUUGAUGGAAAAACAACGUGAAAUACUGACUGAAAUAUCUUCAGUCUUAGUUGUUCUUGUACCAGCUCUGGUAAAAGGUCAGGAAAGUUCUAAAGUCAUUUCUGCUCUUAUCAGAUCUCCAAAUCCUCUGAUUGUUCUCACUGCUGAUAAUGACUGUGGUGCUGUUCAGAUAAAACCACAAAAAUACAAAGUGGGUCUGAAAGACAGAAGUCAGUCAGAUGUUUCUGAAGAACUCAGAGAAAUCAUUAGAAAGAUUUUGUCUGGAUCAAACAAAUCCUUCAAUCUUGAGUUGAUGUCCAACAUCUCUGGAGUCAGAGUGGAUGAAGACGACACAGUCUGUCAAAAUGGAAAAUCUGCUGCCAUGAACAUAGUGAAGCUGAUUCAGGACAUGGAUGUUUCCAGGAUCAAAGAUACUUUUCUUCCUUGUCAAGGUCAACUUUGGCAUGAGUGGUGCAGAACAAACAAAGAAAGAUUUCACCUCAGAGGAAACAUUGAGAAAGAAAAAAGUCAGAAAGAUCAGAAACUGAUACAAAUCCGACAGAAACAAUGUGCUGCUUCCUGUAGUGAACUGAUGAAAUCAUUCACUGACAGCCUCAUGAGUUUGGAACAGAAAGACAAAGAAUACUUCCUGAAUUGGACUCAGAUCCUGAUAGAUGAACUCUCCUCAAAGGAUCUCUCUGCAAUUUUCCAAAACUAUGAUGAAAGAUGGUCGGAGGUUUUGGCUUUAAAAAAGAAACAUGACAAUUCUGAUCAGUUAAAAGUCAAACAAACUGAGCUUGAACAAAUAUCACAGAAACUGCAUUCAGCAACCUUUGGUUUGGAGCACAUCUUCAGAGAAAUGUCACAGAUCUAUGAAGCCCAUCAAUCUCUAAAGAGACCAACACACUGCAGACACACUGAAUGGGUUAAAUACCCUGAGCUGGCUGCAGAUCUGAUGAUAUCUGGACAUCCCAUGGAGUUGAUGGAUGGUGAUGCAGGUCACGUGCCUUUAACUUGGAUCUCUGGUCUUUUACAGGAAGUCAUCAAGAAACUGGGUGACCAGAGAGUUUUUGUGUUGUCAGUUUUGGGCGUUCAAAGCAGUGGAAAGUCAACAAUGCUGAAUGCCAUGUUUGGACUGCAGUUUGCUGUGAGUGCAGGCAGGUGCACCAAGGGUGCAUACAUGCAGCUGCUCAAAUUAUCAGAGGAAAUCAAGACAGACUUCAAGUUUGACUAUGUUCUAGUGGUGGACACUGAAGGACUGAGAGCUCUUGAGCUGGAAGGUCACAACACUCUUCACCACGACAAUGAACUGGCAACAUUUGUUGUUGGUUUAGGAAACAUGACACUGAUCAACGUCUUUGGUGAGAAUCCAGCUGAGAUGCAAGACAUCCUGCAGAUUGUUGUUCAGGCUUUCAUGAGGAUGAAGGAAGUUCAGCUUUCUCCAAGUUGUGUGUUUGUUCACCAGAAUGUUACAGAUAUCACAGCUGCAGAGAAAAACAUGGACGGAAAGAGACGACUGCAAGAAAAACUGGACAAGAUGGCUCAACUAGCUGCUAAAGAGGAAGGAUGUGAAGCUCAAUGUUUCAGUGAUGUUAUUGCAUUUGAUGUUCAAAAAGAUGUGAAAUACUUUGCUCAGCUGUGGGAGGGAAGUCCACCAAUGGCUCCUCCAAAUCCAGGUUACAGUGAGAGUGUCCAAGAACUGAAGAGCUUCAUCCUGUCUAAAGCUUCAGAGUCUGAUGGAAUCAAACUCUCACAUUUCAGCAGCAAAAUUCAGGAUCUGUGGAACGCUCUGUUGAAUGAAAACUUUGUUUUCAGCUUUAAAAACACUCAAGAAAUCUCAGUGUACAGAAAACUGGAGGUCCAGUACGGAAACUGGACUUGGACUCUGAGGAGUGAGAUGCUGACCAUUGAGAACAGACUUUAUCCACAAAUAGAAAAUGGAAAACUUGAUGUGAUUGAAGUCAGUGAUCUUUCUAAAGAAAUGAGCAAGACAUAUGGAGAAAUAAAGACAGAAAUCACAGAUCACUUUGAGAAAGAUGCAGACAAAGAAAUGUUGGUUCAGUGGCGUGGACGAUUUGAAAUCAAAAUCAAAGAUUUUCAUCAAGAACUUCUGACAGGAGUCAAAAGAAAACUGGAUGAAGUCAUUCAGCAGAAGAAAGCCUGUAAGAAGCUUGAUGAGAAGAAAACAGAUUUUGAGAACAAACUGCUGCAAAAAAGCAAAGAACUCGCUCACAAGUUAAAAGAGGCCAUAAAAGAUGAGGAGGAACUCAAAAUGCAGUUUGACUUUGUUUGGAGUCACUGGAUUAAAGAAUUAACUUCAGAUACAAAACCAAUUGAGGACAUCAACCUGGAAGAAGAUCAGUUCACUGUCAUUGAACACCUUGGCUUUGAAUUGACUAUGUGUUGUGAAUUGCAAACCAGUAAGAAAUAUAAAAGCCUGGCCGAAAUUGGGAAUUACCUUGAUUAUAUACAUUUAAAGAAAUCUUCUAGAUUUAAGGCUUUUUUUAAAUUUAUAAGGGAGAAACUAAGCGGUCUAAUUCCACAUGAAGAUCAGGAACAGAUCAGAUCUUUCAUUGAAAACGUUGAACAAAAAUCACUGGAGAUCAUUCAGAGCAAACCUGUAGCAACAAGAGGAUACACAUCAACUUACCUGCAUGAAGUGGCUAAAAAUGUUCAAGAAAACGUGACAGAAUUUGAAUCAAAUACAAAAAUUACCUUCAAUAAGAAGUUCACAGUUGAUCUUCUGCUGUUUGUCUUCCACAAAGCAUCUGGCUGGAUUUUAAAGUCUCACAAGACAUACAAAGAUAACAAUGAUGUUCUAAACUACUUGAACAGCAAGAAAAAUGAAUAUUUCAACAUUUUCAUACGUUUCUGUAAAGGAAGCUCGUCUGCUGUGGUGUUUGGAGAAAUGAUCUGUGAGAAACUGAAGGUCUCUGCUGUUGAGGCUGUCUGUAACCAGACUGCUGUUGACCUUGCUGGAGAACUCAGGUGUAAUGUCCCAGCAUUCAAUGGGAACAGGCUGAACCUGGAGAAACAUGUGUUGAAGGAUCUGGCAGAGAAAGAAGACUUCAACAAGUUCAUGACCUACAUCAGAGGUCCAAGGAAGCAAGUUAAACGUUUUAUUAAAGAAAAAGUAAAAACAUUCAUAUUAUUUGAAAACAAUAACAAAGCUCAUGAUAUCCUCCAGAAAAAUGCAGACGACAUGCAGAGAGUCAUCAGACAAAUGUUAUUUGAAGCAACAGAGAAGAUUAAAUCUAAAAAGGGAGACAUUAACAUGUGGAUGAAUGAGUUCUCAAGAUCACUGAGCUGUAAGCUGAGACUUGAUACCAUUUCCUGUCAGAACUUCAGAGAUGUGAAUAAUUUUGACUUUUUAAGAGAUGAAAUAGAAAAAGGUCUUCAAAUCAUUAUUAAGGAGAUGAAGGAUCUCCCUCUGACUGAGGUGAUGAAUCACAGACAGAAACCUGAUAAAAUCCUCAUUGAUCAGCUGUGUGACUGCUGCUGGGAACGAUGUCUAUUCUGUGCAGCUGUUUGCAUCAACACCAUCAAAGACCACAGUCCAGACAAACACAGUGUUCCUUUUCAUCGACCCUCUGGAGUUAAAGGAUGUCACUAUAGAAACACAGACCAGCUAGCUAAUGAUUUCUGCACCACAUUAGUUGUCAGUGAUAAAGGGUUCUAUCCCAGUCAUGAUCCAGAGAAGUGCAUUCCUUUUAAACAGUAUCAAACUGCAGGAGGAGAAUAUGCAUCAUGGAGCAUUACUGCAGAUGGAUCUAUGCUGCCAUACUGGAAAUGGUUUGUUUGUCGCUUUCAGAAGGAAAUAGAAGAUUAUUAUGAACUGAAGUUUCAGGGUCACGGGGAGAUUCCAUCUGAGUGGAGGAAUUACAGUAAAGAACAAGCUCUCAAAAGUCUAGAUGAAAUGUCCAGUUUGUGAAAAAACUGUUAACUUACUGGAGUUUUAAAGAGGUUCAGUUGGGUGUUUUCCCCCAAAGUAAUAUUCACCUUUUACUCACGGGAGAGCAGCAGGUAAAUCUAAUAAAGAAAGAGAAAAAAACAGAUCAAUCUGUUUUUUCUUUAAUCCCAGUUUAUCAUCAGUGAAAUUAUGUUAGGUUGAAGCAACAAAACAUGUUAGACAGCAAUGAAAGACUCAGUCAUGUAGAGACACAAGUUAACUAAAAUUAUGUUUUUUCUGCUAGAAAGCAUAUUUUUAAAAAAAAUCUAUGACAUUUGUGUCUAACUUCUAAUGAACAAGACUAAGCAGGUUUUGAAAACAAACAAGAGGAUAUUUUAUUUGUGCAAAAAAUGUUUUACUGUAUUAUUUUUAUUUUAUUUUAAUAUUGCCGAAAUAUCUGUCCUGUUAAUGUGUUCCAAAAAUAGAAUAGAACAUAUAUUUGGAUUUUAAAAUAGUUUUAAGCAUUUUUAUUGGGAUGAAUAAAAAUAUAUUUUGUUUUAAAAACUUUGAUUCAACUACAAUAUCAUUUUAUUUGAGUUCUUUGUGUGUUUUUAGAACUUUCUUAAAUUAUCAUUUGGGGGCCUACAUGUUGUUCAAUGGUAACCUUCCUUUGUUUCCUUUUUUAGCUAGUUUUAUUUGAAAGUAUUUGAAUUUAAAGAAAUUGAUUAUUUAAGUUCUC